AUGCGGUUUGAGUUGAAAGGUCAUACUGACUGCGAAGGUUUGUUGUGCUAGCUAGUUUGUCAUCUUUUUCCAGCAAGGAACGCUUCAAAUAUGUCCGCGUCUGAAGAACACGAGGAACAAGAAGACACAGCGACCACUGUCCCAUCUGUCCUCAUUACGAGCUGUGACAUUGGCUUUAAUGAACAAGAUUUGAUAAAACAGAUUCUAGGCACCACAUCGUUGCCAGAGCCGUUCAAGCAGGAGGAUACGGUAGUGUGGUACCCAUGGACUAUCAACAACAAGUAUUACACUGCAGACGUCAGCCUCUGUGUGGUGCCCAGUACCUACCAGAUGACCUCGGAGAUAGCCCAGUCCAUGCAGGCUUUCAUUGCUUACUUUGACAGCACAGUGAAGGAUGGUUUGGAACGGCUGUCUCCCUGGAUAUCUGUGGUGGAAGACUUAGCUCCAGAGGUGCUCAUCCUGGUCUGUGAGCGCGUGUGUGAAAGUGGCGUCAGUAGACAUGAGGCACAUCAGUGGUGUUUGGCACAUGCCUUUGAGUUGGUGGAGCUCAGCCCUGAAGACCUGCCAGAUGAGGAAGAUGACUUCCCAGAGUCUACAGGAGUGAAGAGGAUUGUCCAGGCUCUCAACGCUAACGUGUGGUCCAGUGUUGAGAUGAAAGAUGAUCCGAUGCUUGACUUGGACAUUCAGGAGCUGGCUAACCUGACCGCUGGCGACGCGGACGUGGAGAACUUUGAACGCCUCUUCACCAAACUGAAGGAGAUGAAAGAUAAAGCCUCAUGGUUACCUCCUGAACAGAGGAAACUUCAUGCUGAGAAGGUUGCCAAGGCGUUUUGGACGGCCAUCGGAGGAGACCAGGAUGAGAUAGAAGGCCUGUCGUCAGGGGAGGAGAGUUAAAGGGAGACUGAGGAGCCACACUCUUCCUGUCCCCAGUCUUCCCCUUCCUGUCCCCAGUCCUCCCCACCCCACCCUGGGGGUCCUCCCCACCCUGGGGGUCCUCCCCUUCUUGUCUCCAGCCCUCCCCUUCCUGUCCCCAGUCCUCCCCACCCUGGGGGUCCCACAGGAUCCGGUCCUCCCCACCCUGGGGGUCCUCCCCUUCCUGUCCCCAGUCGUCCCCUUCCUGUCUCCAGUCAUCCCCACCCUGGAGUUUUAUUAACUAGGAAGCAAACGGAACAAUAUAAACUUUUUAGUUUUUGUUGCAAAAACAUUUCACGUUGUAAAAUGUUUCUCUACAGUGUUAGACUAAUGAAUAUACGCCUGGUCUGCUUCCAACUCAGGAACUGUGGACGAUGGAGUAGAGACUGGGAGGGUCUCUGGCCACGUUGAAGAGAGGAGAGUGCUUAUCAUCAUCAUCAUCAUAUUAUCAAUUAUUAGUUUUAUCUCUUCCACAUUUAUUUAUUUUGUUAUUUUUGUGACACUAUCUUGGUCCCAGAUCUGUUCAGUGCCAUCUUCCCAACCCAAUGUCCAUACUGUAGGAGCUAGUCUGGACAAACAUCUGUGACCAGGCUAGUAAAAGCUGUUGGGUGUCCUGUCUGCCCACGUUUAGGAAGAGAGCCACUGACCAGACUGUGUACAGUGAAAGGCUGUUCUACGGAUGUUUCAUUGGGAAUCAGUGUUUGGUGUUAAUGUGUGUUUUUUUUUUUUUUUCUGGUUAAAAAAAACAAACAUUGAGACCAAGGUUUCGUUUGCAAAUGUGCCCUGGGGAACAAUACAGAAAAUAAAAUUAUACACAAUUUAAAACCACAAUUUUAAAUAGUUAAUAUUAUAUACACAAUCAAACACAACGAACACCAUUUUAUUAAUAUAAAAAUGGAUAAAUGCCAUGAUGAGUGAUGUAUAGGCUGAUUGAACUGAUCCGUCAUCCCUCUUCUCCGGUACGAGUCCUUGGACUGUUGUUGUCCGGUCCAAUGUUGAGUGACGUGACAACGUUAACGUAGAACACUAGUUACCCAACCUUUUCCUCUGGGAGCCCUCAGACCUUUCACAAUUUUGUUCUUUAAAUGAGUUGACAAGUUGAAUCAGGUGUUAGCUCUGGAAUGGAUCACAUGCAUGGAACGGCUGGGGGGGGGGUCCCAGAGGAGAGGUUUGGAACCACUGGUGUAGAAUAUGGAUUAUAUUGUGUUUUGUCCUUUUGUUUGAUCGUUCUAAUGUUGUUCUGGGUUCCACAGUCACCUUGUAGGAAAGUUAUAAUAAAGUGAUGUGCCUUUUUAAUGUAAUCAUUAGUAAGACAUUACAAUGACACUUUAUUUGUCUGAUUAAAGACCUAAAUAAAUCAA